AUUUAUGUAACGUAUGCCUGUCGUGUGUAGUGGAACGCGCAGUAUAGUUUCGUGAUACAGAAGUAAAUCGAUCGAUCGGUCGUAUUUGAUUUCAUCAAGAAAAAAAUAGUACAUCUGUUUGGCUUCAACGUAAAAGAAAUCGUAUACGUUGUUACGAGAAACGAGGAAUACAAUCAACAGAUUUUGGUUUACGUGUUCUGCUUCACAGGUGAAAUGUGUAAUCUACGCUAGCAGAGUGUAGCGAUUGGAAGAUUUUAGAGUGAAAGAUGUACCGAUGGAUGCAUUAAACAUUGACUGUCAGGUUAUGGACGAAAACAUUGUAAGCGUUGUACUUAAAGAAGAACCUGGCGAUAGAUUUGAUCCCGACUACAUGGAGGACAUCUGUUCUGGGACAUUCGGGAAGGUAUUUUUACCUAUCGAAAAUAACGAAGUUGACUUCUCCAAUGAAAUGGUAAAGCUCGAACUGGAUGGCGAAUCUAGCAGUCAUCAAAAUUGGACAGCUCAGCUUGCUAACACGAAUUUAUGUGACAAGGAUGAUGGAGCUAUACAGAGAUGUCUGACAAACGCAAAUUUUACGCAAGUGCCAGACCCUGAGAAACAUUCUGGUUUUUGUUCAAAUGGGCAACAACCGAAAUUUUAUAAAAUACAAUGUUCCAUUUGCAAGAAAUGGUUCUUGAACAACGAUUCGAUGGUUACCCAUUUGAGAAUGCAUUGCAGCGGUAGCCAAUGCGAGGUUUGCCAGCAAAAUUUCCAAGACAGUUCCAGUCUGCAUGCUCACAUGUUGACGCACGUCGGGAUGAGUCCGUUGGAGUGCAAUGUCUGUCAAAAACGAUUCGCUUACAAGUGGUGUUUACGUAGUCACAUGCAAAUGCACGUAUUAGAAAAACCAUACGACAACGACGCGUUACAACAAACGUUUAUGAAACGGAUGGAUUCCGAGAACGAUCAAUCGAUGAGUGGAGAGGAUAGAAUAAUUGAAUGCGACGUUUGUCACGCGACGUUUAAAGAGAAGUCUAGUCUGAAUCGGCAUAUGAUUAGUCAUACGGAAGAGAGGCCGUAUAAAUGCGAUAUAUGUUUUACAACGUUUAGGGAAAAGGCAAAAUUGAAUAUGCACAUGACGCUGCACGGGGGUAACAAACAGUUUAAAUGUACAAUGUGUCACAGAUCGUUUGCACAGAAAACAGCGUUAAACAAUCAUAUGCUAGCGCACAGUGGUGAAAAGCCGCAUGCUUGUAACAUCUGCGAGAAAACGUACAAACGAAAAUCGGAGUUAAUCAGGCAUACGAUGGUUCAUACCGGCGAAAGACCGUACGAAUGCAAAGAAUGCCUGAUGACUUUUCGAGAGAAGGCAAAAUUAAAUUCUCACAUGCUCGUCCACACAGGUGAGAAACCGCACGAGUGUCACAUAUGUCACAAGGCGUGUGCACGGAAAUCGGAUCUGAAUAGUCAUAUGUUGCUACAUACCGGCGGUCAAUACGAUUGCAAAGUUUGCGAUAAAAUAUUUACCCGCAAGUCGGAUUUGAAGCGGCAUACAUUGAUACACACGGGCGAGAAACCGUUUGCUUGUGAAUUAUGCGAAAUGGCCUUUAGAGAAAAAACGAGACUGAAUUCCCAUAUGCUUAUACACACUGGCGACAAAAGACACGCUUGUCACAUUUGUCAGAAGACGUUUAAAGAGAAGUCCGCGUUGCGGAAACACAUGUUAGGUCACACCGGUGAUAGACCGUACGAAUGUUACGUAUGUCACAAGGCAUUUACCCAAAAAACAACUUUAAACAGCCACAUAAUGGUACACGCUGGUGAACGACCAUACGAGUGUAGUGCGUGUCAGAAAAUAUUCAAGGACAAAGCGACAUUGAAGAAGCAUUUAUCGGUGCAUAUAAACGAAAAAACUCACGAAUGUUUGAUUUGUUUAAAAAAAUUUGCCCAUAAAGCUGCGUUAAAUAGUCAUUUAUCGACAAAUCAUACGUCUUAACUCGAGGGAUCUAGUCCGUUGUUUUCCAGCUUUUAGUUUCUUUUUAUCAAAGCACUUGUAUGCAUCUAUAUCAGUGGCCGCCAAUACGUCGCUCGCGGCAACCAGUUUGGUCGCUGGUUUUAAUGUAUAUAUAUGUAUAUAUACAAAGACAAAGAGAGAGAAUUACUAUGUAAAUCUCAUUAUUUUUGAAGUUGUUGAAAUUUUGUAAUUGAAAAGUAUUUAUAUCAAUUAUAAUAAUUACAUAUAUUUAAAUGAUGAGAUUUAUAGCGUAGUAGUUCUUACACUCUUCUAGAUUGGCGACCACUGAUGUAUAUGUAGCUGCGUAAAGGCGGUUACGAGUACAUGCAUCUGUUUUAUAUGCUCAUUGAUCCAAACAGUCGCAUUAUUUCUUGUAUAUCUUUACGUACAAUAAAUUAAUUUUUAA